AUCGUCUGAGAUUUCACAAUAAUUAGCAUUUCGUCUCAACAAGUGAAGUUGCAUAUUUAGAGCUUGUUUCGUGACGUUUAAGAAUUAGCUGAAAGAGAGACCGACAAAAAUAUUUUAUAGUGAGUUGCAGAAUUUGAAAAGUGGAACAUUCAAGAAAAUACGCGAAGCUAGCUGCAAGCCAUACAAGAAGCAACCUAAAGUGUUGUAGAACUCAACUGCGCAGUAUAAAAACAUAGGAAGGAACUGAAGAGUAAACAUAAUUUCGAAGUGAAUUGACCAGUAAAGAAGUGUUUUUGAUAACAGCGAUAUUCCGACCAACAAAAUAUCGAAAUCUGUGUCUUUGAAAACCAGUGGAAAUAUAUAACUAACUGAGGACGAUAUCCAACAAUCAAUCCAGCUCCACAUAUUUUCCUUCAUAAAGAGUAUAAAAUAUUUGAAAUGGAACGCCGUAACUUGAUUUCCGAAAAGUACUUGAAAGUUACUUUUGAGGAUGACAAGCGCAAGUUGCAUACUUAUCUUAAUAUGCCAUCACCAACUUUUGAGGUGUUGAAGCGAGAGAUCUCUUUAUGCCUCUUCGAAACACGCAAGCUGCCGCAAUGUGAUGUUAAGAUCACUUGGAUAGAUGCUGACCACGAUGAAAUUGAGAUUGUCAACCAAGUCGAUUACGAGAUAUUCUUGUUAGAAAGUACUGAGAAUCAGCGCAUCUAUGUUACCCCGUUGAAAUCGUCAAAAGAUGAAGACAAGAACGCUCCAAGCGAGGACGAUCCAGCUGCUUUUGUUAUCCAUGAACAUGUAGAAUGUGAUGCUUGUGGCCUGGCCCCGAUUGUCGGUUUUCGCUACAAAUGUAUUCAAUGCCCUAAUUUUGACUUGUGCCAACGCUGUGAAGCUCAGCAUAAGCAUCCGGAGCACAUGAUGGUUCGUAUGCCGACUGAAAAUUCGCCCAAUAUUAUUGAUGCCUGGAUAAGUAACCCUUGCGGCCGAGGUAGUGGUCGACGUUCUAAGCGUGAGCGAAAGAGUUCUAGCGCCAGUGGGUGUCCCUAUUUCGAGUUCACGGCCGCAACAUCGGCCAAUGCAAAUGGUAGCAGUGCAAAUACUGAUACGGAAGCAAACGUUGGCACUGGAGGUGGAAAGCAUCAUCACCAUCACGAACGCAAGCAUCACCGUCGUCAGAUGCGAAAUGGUUUUUUGUCGCAUAUGUAUGAAAUGAUGUCUGACUUUGCCGAAGGUGGCGCCACCUACAGGCAAAUGGACGAAGAUGCAUCUAGCACUCCACCACGUAGUGCUCCCCCGAAGGCAGAUAAUUCAGACAAAACUAAUAAUGCAAAAACAAAUGAAGAAAAUUCCGCAAAUGAAGCGGCUAUGGCAGCUUGUGAAGCAGCAACUAAAGCCGCUGAGGUUGCAACUAAGAUAGCUGCCGAGGUUGCUGGAAGGGUAACUUUAGAAGCCGCAGCUGCUGCAGAGCAAGCUACUGCCCAAGUUGUGAAUGAGUUAUUUACUGCUGAAGCUGCUGCUGCUCCGAAGCAAUCUCAAGAAAAUGCGGGCGAUAAAGAAAAGCAAGCUCCAAAAACAGCUAGUACUGGAACAUCGACUCCUACAUCUCAGUCUGAUCCAAACAGUAAUAACAACAAUUCAUUUGAAAACACUUCAGCCCCGGUUACUCCAACUCUUGAAGAUAUUGCUCAAUUUAUUGACCCUAAAUUCAUGAAAGCCGGUAUUCAGUUGCUAAAUAACUUCAGCGGUAUGUUCGCAAAAAUGCUUGAACCUAUGGAUGUAGGUGAUGAAAGUUAUGCUUCGGGUUUUGCUGGUAAUGGGUACCAAGCACGAAAACCUUCUACAGCAUCAGCAACAAGCUCAAUGUGCUCAGCAACAUCCAAGUCAGCAACUACAACCAAUACAAACAUCAGCGCAAACGAAAAGAAAGCUACUGGGAAGAAAGAUCAAAGCGACCAAACAAAAGAUGAAGAGAAAGCUGUAGCGCCUGUCAAUCCUGAUACCACCACCAACUCUAGCCCGAUUCCACAGGAAAAUUGCAUCGAAAAAUCUCAAACUAAAGAGCGUCGCCGUUCACAAAGCGAAGAAAAUGACUGGCAUAUGGUUGAGAGGCAAGCUGCUGAAUCCACCAUAAAUUUAAUUGAUAUUUCGACUUCUACUUCGAUCGAAUCUAUUGAAAAAAUUGAGUCGCCCGGAGCUGUAGCUGGAGCUGAACCAACUCCUGCUCCAACUCCAGUGGUUGAACCUAAAUCCAUUGAGAACAAUUCUGAAGUUAGUUUCGAAAAACUUAGCAUUGAUUUAAAGAAUCAUGUUGAAAAAGAGAAGCAACACGAGCGCGUUGAAAGGAAAUUCAAACUUGCUGACGUUCUUAAUAACCAAAAUAUACCAUCCGUUUCCAAUAACACUGGCGCUACACCCAAGGCACAAAAAGAACCUAUAGUAUAUCAUACAGAUGCUAGUAUCAAUAAAGCUAUACAUGCCAUGAUGGCAAUGGGCUUUAGCAAUGAGGGUGGAUGGUUAACACAAUUGCUUGAAUCUGUCAAUGGCAAUAUAUCGGCUGCACUGGACUUGAUGUCACCGGCACAGAACCAAAGUAACAAUUAAACAAUAGUGUAAAUGCUGCAUAUUUGACAGCUCAUUUAGUUUUUAAGAUUCGUUGUAGCUUUUAAGUCCCCUUUUUCGAUUACAAUAUGAAUUCACGUAUGCACUCGUUCCAUUACUGAAACGCUAAAACUGCAAUACCAAACAUGAAGUUUUAAUUUCAGUUCCCAUUUUAAUAAUGAACUUUCAUCAAGAAGUCAUUUGCUCAAUAAAUUACCAUUCAUUUUA